GAAGCUGAAGCAACCGUAACCAUUUGAUUUCCCUCUUCUCUGUUCUCCAUACAUGGUCCACAACAAUAUACACACUCCUCUCAAGCUCCCACCGUUAUCCCAACCCCAUCUUCCUCUUCCCACGCUCUUCACCACCAUGCCUCUUCUACUCGCUCGCACCCCACCAUCUUCACUUCCUCCAAUCCUUCGCCACCACUACAACAACAACAACAACCUUCUAAUCGCACCCUCUCAGAAGCGCGCCUCUCUCACUGCAGGGCCAAUUCUUCUUCCCCGGCGCAUUCUAGCAUCACCGACUCUCAAGUGCGCCUCCAUCAACGGAGUCUCCGUUCAUAACACUCCAGAAGCUUCCACAGAACAAGUCUACGCCGGCGAGUUACUUCAGAGGAUUCGUAAAUGGCUCGACUUUUUACCGUCGAUACUUCCCGGCGGGCGGUGGUGGGACUUCUCUCAUGACGUCGACGUUCAGCUGGUGGCGCAGCCCGUGACCGUGUGGCGCGCGCUAGGCAAAAUGUGGGAGCUUGUCGCGCGUGACAGAUGGGUCAUCAUCGCUGCUUUCUCUGCUCUCAUUGUUGCUGCUGUUUCGGAGAUUUCUAUUCCGCAUUUCUUAACGGCGUCCAUCUUCUCGGCACAGGGUGCGGACCUUGCUGUUUUUCAUCGGAAUGUGCGCUUGUUGGUUCUGUUGUGCGUGACUUCGGGAAUAUGCAGUGGGAUACGAGGUUGCUGUUUUGGCAUUGCAAACAUGAUUCUGGUUAAGAGAAUGAGAGAAACUCUAUACUCUUCUCUUCUACUGCAGGAUAUAUCGUUUUUUGACAAUGAAACGGUAGGUGAUUUGACAAGUAGGCUUGGGGCUGAUUGUCAACAAGUGUCAAGAGUUAUUGGAAAUGAUCUUAACUUGAUAUUGCGCAACUUUCUUCAGGGUGGAGGUUCAUUAAUCUACUUGUUGAUUUUAUCUUGGCCACUUGGUUUAUGUACAUUGGUGAUAUGCUCCAUAUUAGCAGCAGUUAUGUUACGCUAUGGAAGUUACCAGAAAAAGGCAGCAAGGUUGAUCCAAGAAGUCACUGCUUCGGCAAAUGAUGUAGCUCAAGAGACAUUCUCUCUUAUUAGAACUGUACGAGUUUAUGGAACCGAAGAAGAAGAAUAUGGAAGGUAUAAUUGGUGGCUAGAGAAAUUAGCUGACAUCAGCUUGCGUCAAAGUGCUGCUUAUGGAGUUUGGAAUUUUAACUUUAACAUCCUUUAUCAUUCAACUCAGGUCAUUGCUGUGCUAUUUGGAGGAAUGUCUAUUCUUGCGGGUCAUAUCACAGCUGAGAAACUUACCAAGUUUAUUCUAUACAGUGAAUGGUUAAUCUACUCUACCUGGUGGGUAGGAGACAAUAUAUCCAAUUUGAUGCAAUCAGUUGGAGCUAGUGAAAAAGUAUUCCAUUUAAUGGAUCUCUCCCCUAGCAGCCAAUUCACGGAAAGAGGUAUAAAGUUGCAGAGGUUAAUGGGGCGUAUUGAGUUUCUAAAUGUAUCUUUUCACUAUCCUUCGAGGCCAACGGUAUCUGUAGUGCAACAUGUUAGCUUUGCAGUCCAUCCUGGUGAGGUGGUUGCAAUAGUUGGACUUAGCGGUAGUGGAAAAAGCACAUUGGUGAAUCUUUUGCUCCGUCUCUAUGAGCCUACAAGUGGUCAGAUUUUGGUAGAUGAUACCCCUAUUAAAGACUUGGACAUCAUGUGGUGGAGAGAGAAAAUUGGAUUUGUGGGCCAGGAACCCAAACUCUUCCGAAUGGAUAUUAGUUCAAACAUCAAAUAUGGAUGUAGAGAUGUAAAGCAUGAGGAUAUUGAAUGGGCUGCAAAGCAAGCCUAUGCCCAUGACUUUAUCUCAGCACUUCCCAAUGGUUAUGAGACACUUGUUGAUGAUGAUCUGUUAAGUGGAGGACAAAAGCAGCGAAUUGCUAUUGCUAGGGCCCUUCUUAGGGACCCAAAAAUAUUGAUCCUUGAUGAAGCCACCAGUGCACUUGAUGCUGAAAGUGAGCAUAAUGUCAAGGGUGUACUUCGAUCUGUGAGAAGUGAUUCUGCAACCAGGAGUGUCAUAGUCAUUGCACACAGGCUUUCUACCAUACAAGCAGCUGACAGGAUUGUGGUGAUGGAUGGUGGUCAAAUUGUUGAGAUUGGAAGUCACAGGGAACUUCUCUUAAGAGAUGGUUUGUAUGCACGGUUAACUAGGAAACAGGCUGACGCCAUGGCAUGAUUUGGGUUUCAAAAGCAGAUAUUUUAUCUUUCUUCUGGCUUCAAUUUAGAGCCAGUACAGUGAGACAGCAACUAUUUUUUUCCUUGUUGCUGAUCAAUGUAUUUAUAGUACCAUACAAGAAAAUUGGAAAAGUUCAGCAAAGAAGAAAGCUGCAGAAGUUUAUUGAAAAUCCAUAGCGGCUUCUGAAAGAUUUCACCCUAUCAGGUUCCAAGGCAGAUUCAAAGGCAAACGUAACUAUGUUAUUGGCGGCAUUCAUAGUCAAGAUGCUGAGAAUCGUCAGAUGACACUGCCGAUAACCAUAUAGAUUGUUCAUUUUAUACAUGUAAUUUAAUUAUUUAACUCUUGAUGACAUUUUCUUUGAAAAAUACCACCUGCCCCUGUUUCAUGACACUUUGUACUCAUAAUAUAUUGAAAUCUAUAAAAUUUGAGUUU